CCGAGCGGAUAAUGUCGGUCGACUUUUCUUCUUCUUUGAUGUUGUGAAUCUACAACUCGCAUCCAAUGACAUGCAGUGUAACACGCAAGGCUCACCUCGGCGUCAAGUCGAGCGUAUGAGGUAUGCAAUGUCAACGACGCCCGUUUGCUUUGUUUUUUUUUUUGGUGCAUGCUGUGUGUGUCCAUGUGUCGAGGCAUUGAUAAAAACUGGCCGCCCAGACUGUACUGGACUAAACAAGAUGGUGAGUCUUUUUUUGGUGCCAAAAUCUGGGUGCUACAUCUCUUCCUGUCUCUUUCCCUCCCAUGGCUCUCUCGUACUUGCAGACGUUCCCUUUCAACAUCACACAACCUGCCAUCGAUGUCUUUUUCGGUUCGAAGCAGGACAACGGUCAGAUUGCGGGAAUCACCUGGUGGCAAACGGCAAACGGAUACACCGCGAUCGCCCUUCACGAUGCCUGGUCCAACAGAUCCACAAACACCGGGCAGCUGGACGAGUUGGUCUCCAAGGUACAAAACGGGACAGAGGACUGUAUCAACGACUACAACGACGACAGCAUGUGGUGGGCCAUGGGUCUCUUGGAGCUGUACGAGGUCACGCAAGACGUACAACACUUGACCGUCGUCGAGGCCAUCUGGAGUCACGUCGUGCCGUACAUGAUUUCUCCCGGACAGAUCAUCAUCAACAGCGUCGACAUGGCGGGAGGGGUCUUGUGGACGGACCUGAGCAACGAGACCCAAGUCAAUUCCAUCACGACGGGGUUGUUUUCGGAACUCUCGGCACGUCUGUCGACCCAAACCGAAGAUGCGUACGCGAGGAACUUGCUCUUGGAAUACGCCAUCCUGAGCAUGGAUUGGAUCUACCGUUGUCGGUACGUGGCCGACGAUUUUCUCGUUCUGGACCACAUCGACAUCCAAACCGGAGAGACGUUUGACGCGAAUUACACUUAUAAUACGGGACAGGCGAUUGCGGCGUCGAUUGCGAUAUAUGACGCGGUUGGUAAGAAUGACACGGCUGGUUCUUCCUCCUCGUCAGCCGUGAUGCAAAUGUACCUGGAUCAAGCGUGUCUGAUGGCCAUGUACUCGAUGAACAGGACCAAUUGGGUUGACCGAGACGGAACGUUGACUGAACGUGACGCUUAUCCUCGUCUCGGUGGUGAUCCGUUGUCGGCGUGGCAGGACGACGACGCCGUCGGGUUCAAAGCCAUCUUGCUUCGGAACCUGGUGAAAUUGUACAAGAUACUAAAGCGGGACGGGAUCGAUGUCGGGUUGCAGGACGAGAUUGUGGAAUUCGUCCAACAACAAUUUUGGAGUUUACAGGAUCGCGACACCAACGGCCACGGUCAGUAUGGCCCUUGGUGGGCGGGACCGAUGGACGUGGUGACCAGUCAUAGUCAACUGGCUGCUUUGGAUGUCAUGGCUGCCAUCCAUGCUGUCAUGUGACGCCCUUUUUUUUGGUUUGUGGUAGAUGGACUUUGGGAGGAUGUGGAGGAUAUGAUUUAGUGACAAGGUAGAAGAACUUGAGGGAGUUACUUGGGAUAGUGAAUGAAUGAAUGGGCAUGUUUUUACCGAAACUAUUCUGGGGCGAGAAAGAAGAAUGUCUCCAGACAGAGAUGUGGUCUUUGGGUGGUAAUGAUGACAGUGAGAAUAUAUUUCACCGGUCGGUCGGAGACUAAAUUAUUAAUUCACAGUCAAG